UUAAGGGGAAAGUUAUCAUUACAAACUAGAAAGCAAAUAAAUAAUCAUAAACAUAAUGACUUGUUCUCAAAGAUUAUAUAAAAUUAUCUUAUUUCUUGUAUACUUAUAUUACUUAUAUAAAUAAGAGUAAUUUGAGCAUAACGCGUGGAGAGUUGAAACUUUAAUGAAUAAAUAUAAGAUGAGGAUUGGUAAUAAAAUAAUAAGAUUUAUAUAAUAUUGUUUCCACUAUUACCAUUAUUGCUGUCAUCAUCAUCAUCGUCUAAAUUGCUAUUGAUAUCCUUGUAUACUUGUCGUCAACAUUAUCAUCAUGUUCAUUGAAUACAUUUAUUCUAUUAUACCUUGGAUAAUUUGGAUUUCAGCUAAUGAAUUGAAUCCCGAUUCAGUUUUACAACUUGAACUGUACGACCCGCCAAACAAUUUAAGCGUACCGAUUAAUUCAACCCUAUAUUUAAGAUGUCGGAUUCCUGUUGAACCGAAACAAUCAGAUAGUAUCUAUGUAAUAUGGAGAUUUCGACAUUCACACAAAGAUCCGGCACCAAAUAUUUGGAGUUUUAUUCACAAGGAUGAUGAUUUAGCUAGAUGUCCAGAACCACCUAACACAUGUGAAUUCGUUAAUCAGUACAGUAUAUAUAAUAAAUUCAAUCAAUCAUCUUUUAAUAAUCCAAUUACAACUAACAAAUUGUCAGCAACAGAUGAUAUUGAACUUAUUCAAAGAAGGCAGUUAUUUACACUAACAUUAACUAAUUUACAAUCAGAUAUGAAUGGAUUAUUUCAAUGUCAUACUUUAGUAAAUUUAGAUGCAUAUGAUAAACGUGGAUACUUAAAUAUUCUAGCUCCUCCACAGUAUCCUUUGGAAAUAGUAAGAAUCGAUGAUACUAUGCCACCAGAUACUGAACUAUUCAAUUAUUCUAAUACUUUGGGAAGGACUUUUACUAUUAUUAGUGGAAAAUUAUAUUAUUUCAGUUGUCUUAUUACUCAUGCUAAUCCCAAACCAGUUGUAACCUGGUUUAUUCGAUAUUCUAAUGGUGAGAUUCGGGAACUAGUCACAUUUAAUAAUUCAAAUUAUAGUAAACAAUUAUGGAAACCAUUUUCAAAUUAUGUGGAUACACAGACAUCUGAUGUUCUAACUCAUGAAGAUGAUGGCACAUUUUUAAAAUGUACAGCUAAGAAUUCUAUGGGUUUAGCAUCUUCUGAAGAAGUGAACUUAAAUAUCGAAUAUGUGCCAAUUAUAUAUCCUUUUGAAUCGAAUGCAAUACGUGUAUUAGAAACUACUUCAUUUAAACAAGCAUGCAGGAGUAAAGCAAAUCCUUCAGCUCAAAUUUAUUGGGUCGAUGAGAAUCAAAACCUGGUUUCAAAUAAUUCGCUACUUCAUAUACACCAUGUGAGCAGAAACGGGCCGAAAUUGUACAAAUGUGUAGCGUCGAAUGAAAUCGGGGAAACUAAUCUAAAACUGUUGGUUGAUGUAUUGUAUCCUCCUACUGUUCAUGUCCAGUCAAAAGUAACUGUUAAUGAAGGUGAAGCAUUGGAAAUAGCUUGUCGUGUUGAUGCGAAUCCAGUUGCUUCAUCAAUAUACUGGACUUAUAAUAAAUUUCCUGAUCAAACAAGAACACGUGAUCAAUCAACUUUACAUUGGUUCCAAUAUAAACGAAUAGAUGGUUCUGUCUUGAAAAUCCCUUAUACAUAUCCAUAUCAUGCUGGACAAUAUUUUUGUCAUGCAGAUGCUGAGAUUUAUAUGCCGAAAGAUCUCUGGUUAUCUCAAAAUUUAUCAACUUCCAGUGAAGUAUGGUCUAUUUGGAAACAAAGGUCUAGAUCAUUUGCAGCGGUUAAUUUAACCAUAAACUAUUCUCCUGGACAACCUACUUUAACUGUAGUAUAUUCAACCAAUAACAAAGGUGAAGAUUACAUUAUAUUACAAUGUCAAGAAAAUUCUACAGCACCUGGUCUACCACGUCCAACAUUUCAUUGGCUUCGGACAGUUGGAACUAAUGAAAGAACUGAAAUUCUAGAUCAAUAUUUUAAUUAUGAAUAUAAUGAACAAUCAAAAAGUUUUACAAUUAAAUUAUUUAAUUUAAGUGUAUUUGAUUCUGGAAUAUAUAGUUGUUUUGUACAAAAUGAACUUGGAUCAAGUCAAUUAGCAUCUGUAAAUGUUCUUAUUAAAAAUAAACCUGUUUUAAUAAAUAAACCAAAUGAAAAAAUGACUCUUGAAUUUCAAAAUAUCCAUACAAUAGAACAAAAUACAAUUAAUCAACAUAAUAUAAUUCAAAAUGUAUUAGAAUAUACUAUACAUAUGAUACCUGAUAACACUAUGAAUUGUACAUUUAUAUCAAGUUUAUCAUCUGAUGUUCAAUGGUUAUUUCAUAAUUAUCAUAAUUUUAAUAAUCUUAAUCAAAUUCUAUUUAUGAAUAAAAAUAUAUUAAAACAAUGGACACAAAAUUAUAUUAUAAAAAAUAGAUUUGGUUUAUGGAAAAUUUUAACUAAAUUAAAUUUUCAAUUUAAUGAUAUAAAAUUAUAUAUGAUGAAUUCGUUGAAUAAAAUUUUCAAAAAAUUAAAUAAUGAAUUACCUAAUAAAUUAAUACCAUAUAGUUGGGAUUAUCAAAUAUUAAAACAAUUAUUUGAAUUUCUUAUCAUUCUUCAAUUUGAAGGUAAUUAUUUAUGUGAAUCAUCGAAUUCAAUGGGAAUUGAAUAUGGAUUAAUUAAUUUAAAAGUUCAAAAAUCACCAACUUCGAUUAUCAGCUUCAGUGAAGCAACAUCAAUCUCUAUCAGCGAGCAAGAUGCAUAUCGGCAUAAUGAAGAUGAAAUCAAAUUACAUGGUCCAUUGUUCUGUCAGUUCUAUGGUAAACCAGUUUUAAAUCAAAUCAAAUGGUGGAGGUAUACAGGAUUAAAUUAUCAUGAACAAAAUACACCAAAUCAAUGGGAGCUAAUUUAUAAAACUGAAAAUUUUAACAAAUCCAUUCAUAUUGAAGAAACAUCUAGUCUACUAAUUAUCACCGGGACUCCAGCAUUCAUCACUUCAUCUAGAUUUAAUUUCACAAUGUAUGGAAGACAGUCAAGCUAUGAGAAUCUUGUUCACAACUUGGAAAAGAUAACUUACAGAUUUACGAUGUUCACAAUGCUGUGGUUGAAGAAAUUUAAUCAUAAAGAUUAUGGAUAUUAUAAAUGUCAAUCAAAAAGUGAAAUCGGCAGUAUUUCUGAAAUUCAUCGAUUCCAGAGACCAACUUCUCCUCAGGCUAUCACUAAAUUAUAUCAUAUUAAGUCAACGUCGACAUCGGCAACUAUAUUUUGGAAGCCAGGUGGAUAUCAUAGUUCACCAGUGAAUAUUUCGUAUCAAGAUCUGCGAAACGAUUCCGUCAAUAAAAUUCGAAAUAAAAUUCAAAAUUUAUUAUCCAUUUGGCUUAAAAAAAUUCAGGAUAUGCAACAAUAUUCUAUUAGUUUGGAAGAUCAUGGAAUUACUUCAUUCUUAACGAAUGGGACCGAAUCACAUUUACUAGAGCUUUCCAAAUCACUGAACAACUCAGAUAUCUUUAAUGGUCCAUUUUCAGGUCGUUCAAGUGACGUUGAUCUAUCAAAUAUCAAAGGAAGAAAAACAAACAAUAGAAAGAUAGUACAAAGCGAAUUUCUAAUCAAUACUGAAGGACAAAACUAUAUCAAUAUAAGUGGUUUAAUGCCAAAUCACUUGUAUACCGUGACAAUUUCAAGAAUAACUAAACAUGGAAAAAGUAAACCAUCUAGGCCACUGGCUUUCAGAACAAAAUUUUUUCACCUUGAACCUCCGGGUCCUAUACAUUUAGAAGAAACUAAAGAAUUAAUACAAUUUUCCAAAGGAAAUCCAGCUCUCUGUGCUCAAGUCGAAGUAGGUACAAUCAACAAUGAUAGUAGUAGAAGUAGUACGACUACUACUACUACUACUACUACUACAUGGAAUUCAAUACACUUUUCAUUAAAUUAUUCACCGUAUAUCAUUAUAAAUAAUAAUGUAUUCCAUUCUGAAACGAACAAUCGAUAUGUGGAGUUAAGUAAUUGUAAACCAUUAUCAUGGGAUCACUAUACUGAAAUUCCAAUUAGGUUACAAAAUAAAUUUCAUUUUCGAGCAAGAUAUUGUAUUUAUGGAUAUAGUACAAUGUGUACAGAAUAUAUGAAACCGAUCAAAGAUAUUUCAACGCACAUAGUCAUUGUAGCUGCCCUACUGUGUAUUACACUAGUAGUAUCAUUAAGUAGUAUGUUUGUUUAUCUAAUAUGUAAACAUUUGAAAAAAAAAACUACAUUUAGUUGAUAACAGUAAUACAUGAACAAACGAAAUCAUGGACCAAAUCACCAGCCAGAGUUUAUAUAGUAAUCAAAUGAAUGAAUAUCAUUAUUGCGUAUAUGGAUUGAUUAGAUUUCGAGCAUUUCCUGGUUCAAUACAAUUGACCAAUGAACUUAUGAUUCAAUUUUAUCUUGGCUAGGUUAUAUAUUCAACUAUGAACUAUUUUAGUAUUGAUGAAUAUUAUACGAAAUUAAACAACUUAUCCAAUAAACUAUUGACUUGCAAGCAAAUCAGUUUACUAUGAUUAUACUCGAAGGUUCAAACAUAUUCUAUUCUUUUUUGUGUAAAUAAAAUUAAUCGUCUUCAAUUGCUUUUUGUUUUAUAUUCUAAUACAGAACGUCUUGUAUUGAUACCUUUAAUUUCAUUAACAACAAUGAUGUCAUAUCAACGUGAAUUAAUUAGGGAAUAUGUUGUUAAUUUCAUAUGAUUGACUGUUGACCGUUUGUUGUAGUUAAAUGAGAUGACCAUUAACUUAAAUUGCGG